GGUUGCUUUUUUUCCCCUCAGCGGCGGCAGCCAUUUUGGGAGCUUUCUGAGAGGAAAAACAAGAGUUUCUCCUGCCCGGCCCUGCGCCCCCCGCCAACCGCCACCAUUUUUGCCAUGUCGAGAGACCGCUUUCGGAGCCGUGGAGGCGGCUUCCACCGGCGUGGAGGAGGAGGAGGAGGCGGCGGCGGAGGAGGCCGAGGCGGAGGCCUGGACUUCCGCUCGCCGCUGCCGGGCCCGACACAGACCCGAGGAGGAGGAGGAGGAGGCCAAAGCCAUCACCACACGCCCAAGCCGGAGCCUCCCAAGCCGCCCAGCUCGACUUCGGCGCCUCCGCCAUCUUCCGCGGCCUCGGUGUCUGUCUCCUCGGCGCCUUCUGCCCAGAACCAGGCCGGACAGCAGCCCCCGCCCUCCUCGGUUGCCUCCUCGGCCAGCGCCGCCCCUAGCUCGGCUUCCACUCCCGCCGCCGCCGCCUCGGCCCAAGCGCCAGUCUCGCAGCAGCAAACCGCCCCGCCGAGCCAAGGCCCGAAGAAAGCUCCGGGUCAGUCACCAGGAGGAGGAGGGGGGCCUUUGAAGGGAGGCCCACCUCCCAGCGGAGGCCCCAAGGGCGGGCAGCACCGCGGCGGAGACAGGCGGGGAGGCCAGAGUCAGCACCACCAGCAGCAGCAGCAACAACAACCCUCCAUGCCGCCGCAACAACAGCAGCAGCAGCAACAACAACAGGACAAAGUGUCCGACGCUGAGGGCUUUAAAGCCAAUUUGUCACUUCUGAGACGUCCCGGAGAAAAGACAUACACUCAGCGUUGUCGUCUUUUUGUUGGGAAUUUACCUGCUGAUAUAACUGAAGACGAGUUUAAGCGGUUGUUUGCCAAAUAUGGUGAACCCGGAGAAGUAUUCAUCAACAAGGGGAAAGGAUUUGGCUUUAUUAAACUGGAAUCCCGAGCUCUGGCUGAAAUUGCAAAGGCAGAACUGGAUGAUAUCCCUAUGAGAGGAAGGCAGCUUCGUGUGCGUUUUGCUACCCAUGCUGCUGCUCUUUCUAUUCGCAAUCUUUCUCCAUAUGUUUCAAAUGAACUGCUGGAGGAAGCCUUCUCUCAGUUUGGCCCAAUUGAAAGAGCUAUUGUGAUUGUAGAUGAUCGUGGUAGAUCUACAGGAAAAGGCAUUGUUGAAUUUGCAUCUAAGCCUGCAGCACGAAAAGCUUUUGAGCGCUGCACAGAAGGUGUCUUUCUUUUAACAACUACUCCAAGACCAGUUAUUGUGGAGCCUCUUGAGCAGCUGGAUGACGAAGAUGGUCUCCCAGAAAAGCUGGCUCAGAAAAAUCCAAUGUAUCAAAAGGAGAGGGAGACUCCUCCACGAUUUGCUCAGCCUGGAACCUUUGAAUAUGAAUAUUCUCAGAGAUGGAAAUCUUUGGAUGAAAUGGAGAAACAACAGAGGGAUCAGGUGGAGAAAAACAUGAAAGAUGCCAAGGACAAACUGGAAAGUGAAAUGGAAGAUGCCUAUCAUGAGCAUCAGGCAAACCUCUUGCGUCAAGAUCUCAUGAGGCGACAGGAAGAACUGAGACGUAUGGAAGAACUUCACAAUCAAGAGAUGCAGAAACGCAAGGAAAUACAAUUAAGACAGGAAGAAGAGCGUCGUAGGCGGGAAGAAGAGAUGAUGCUCCGCCAACGUGAGAUGGAAGAACAAAUGAGAAGACAAAGAGAAGAAAGCUACAGUAGAAUGGGUUACAUGGACCCUGUAAGUCAGGGCUGGAAGAAUCCCAGUAGUCUGGUUACUCAGAGGGAGAGAGACAUGAGAAUGGGUGGCACUAGCACAAUGAACAUGGGAGAUCCCUAUGGUACAGCUGCUCAGAAAUUCCCACCUUUAGGGGGUGGAGGAACUGGCCUGGGCUAUGAAACCAGCCCUGGAGUUGGACAAACAUCUAUGACCAGUUCUAUGAUGGGGAGCGAUAUGCGCCCUGAACGAUUUGGGCAGGGUGGUACUGGGCCCGUAGGUGGCCAGGGUCCUAGAGGAAUGGGGCCUGGAACUCCAGCAGCUUAUGGGAGAGGCAGAGAAGAAUAUGAAGGCCCAAACAAAAAGCCCCGCUUUUAGAUGUGAUGUAGAUUUCCAUUCCAGUUUUUGUUCGUCUUGUUCAGACACUACCUUUUUUUUAAUUCUUGCAUUUUAGUGAGAAAACUGCGUUUUUAUGGAUGUUAGAAACUUAAUGAUCUAGAAUUUGUAAGUGGUCUGGGCAAAAAAAUCUAAUUAUGUAAUGCAGUGUUCAAAACUUAGCUUUUUUGAUGUAUAACGUCCCUUACCUUGAUGGCAGUGUACCGUGUGCCAUUUGAAUUCCCAACUGUAAACUUUUUUUACUGUGCUUAAAAUAAAUAGACUACAUGUAGCAGUUAUUCUUAUAUCUUAAACCUUGCUGUUCACGGUUGCAAGCAUACAGGACAAAUGUGCUUGAGGUCUAGUUGGUGUAUUGCAGAAUAUGGCUUAAAUGCUGUUAGGACAUAAAAUUCUUUUGCCUGCAGUUGGUGUUUAAACUGAGACACAGUAGCUUUGUGUAUGAAAUGACAUCGAAGCAGUAGUACUCAGAAAAGUGGCCAGUGGACUACUUCAGGUCCACAGGACCUCACCUGCUGGUUUGUGUGAGUUUCCAGAAAUGAAAAAAAGGCAGUAGUAGCCAGUGGCCACAAUUUAAGUAUUGGUCGCACGCAUGUUAAUCCUCCCCAUUGUCAUUUCCUCCCAUCAGAUAGUCUUGAAAGGCAUGGCUGAAUAGGUGAAGCUUCAGUAUUGGAAUAAACAACUGAGAUUAGCUUUCCAGAAGUUGCAGUAUAGAUUUUUAGUUGAGAUUGCCAUUUACGAAGGCAGUCGAAGAGACUGUAAAAUUCCAAUGUUAACUUCAAAUCAGGCAGUCGCAUGGUUGAAAUUUCAAAACUAACAGAAAGUGCUAGAAGGGGAAUUUUGGCAGACAACUGGUAGCAUUAGCUGCUGGGUUUUUUUUAAAGAGCAUCUAUAUUCCAGAUUCAAAUCAUAACACGGCUUGCAUAUACUGAUCUUUCAAAGAGUUACUCAUUGUAGUAUUUCUUUAAUAUGGCUCAGUAUAUAGCGCCUGCUUUGAACGCUUCAUUGUUAGCAUUUAACUGAUUUGCUUAGCUGAAAGCACUGAAAUGUGGGAAGGCAUGUUUAUUUUAAUUUCUGUAAUAAUUUAGAACUUCAAGUACAGGAAGAAAACUGAAACUUCAGGGUUAAAAAAUACUUAUAGUGUCAUGUACUGUAGUAAUUUGCCAGAUAGAACCAUACACUUAGAGGCCUAAAUACUAUUUAAAUGAGGUUUUGUAACUUGGGCUGCAUAUUAUAAAUAUGUUGAAUUUGGUAAAGUUGAAUAUUUCAUUCUUAUUAAAAAUACACCGGCAUUCAUAGUAUUUUGGACUCCAUAGCCUCAUGGCAUCUGAAAGGCUUGGGUACACAGUUUCCCGGGUUGUAAAAGUACUGUAGGUUGAUGAAAAUAUCGACCAGAUUUAGAGCCUAUUCUGUAUUUAUUUCUGGAUGUAUUUUCAUGUUUAAAAUUCUGAUCCUUUUAUAACUUUUACUCUUUUAAAUAAGGGGUGGGGAACCUGACCUAAUUAUUCUGUUUAUUCUAUAUUGGAACCUCAAGUUAAUGUUGGGCAUAUCUGGGGCCAAAACUGGGUCGAGGCUACCCUUUUCCUCUUGGGUUUGAACUGGGCACUUCCAGAGGGCUUCAGUGUCUCCCCAGCUCCAAACAUUUUGACUGUAUCCCCAUUGCUUUCCCUCUCUCCAACCCCAGAGGCUUUUGCCAUUGGCAUGAAAUUAUGCUGGGGCACAGAUGACUCUAGGGCCCCAGGUUCUGCACCCCUCCUUUAAAUGCCUUCCUCUGUUUUGGUAAGAAUGGACUGUAAAGUGUUUCCAACUUGCGUGGAUAAAAUUCUGAUAACCUCACUUUGACAAAAUAAACUUGUUAGUACAAGGUUUUGUAAGUAAACAUGCCGAUAAAUUGUUGAUGGUCAUGGUUGAUGGAUGGUUGGUUUUCAGCUAGUGUUGUGGUUGGAUUGAGCUACAUUCACAGAAGCUUUCAAAGGUGUUACUACAUGAAACAACUUACUUUUUGAACUUGAGGGGAGGAGGAAGCGCAUAAUCUUUACACUAUUUUUGCUGGAGAGUAAUGCGAAAAAGUCUAUAUACUUCAGUCAAUUUGGAUUUUAGGUUUUUGUCAUUGGAUGCUAGGGGUUAUUUUUACUGACCCUUUUAAAGAGGUGUUCCUGGAACACCUACAACAGGAAAAUCCUGAAACUUGAUAGUGGUGGGACUUUGGGACAAGGACACUAAUUUUCAGUUUAUCUUUCAGGUUACAUGCCAUUUUUCUUUAGGAUGCUGGCACAUAGCCUAAACCAUGCUCUUUUGUAGUACUGUAAUCUUGAAGAGUGAAUGAGGCUGAUGGUCCUAUUACCCUUUCUAAGGUUCAUCGCUUGUUUUGUUCUGUCCAAAGUUGGGCUUUUGUGAAAAUAAGAGAGCUGCAGAAGAUACUGCUAGUUUAAAUGCCAAUUCUGUACUUUACAAGUGCAGUUUGCACACAUUUAAAUAUUUGCACAAUGGUCUCAAUGUAUGAAAAAUGGGCUCCAAGUACUAGGAACUCUUAUUGAGCUUUAACUCAAUUGGUUGUUCCAUUUAGUUAGAUUUUUCCAAAUGCAGUUUUGACAUGAUCAGAGUUUUUAGGUGCAAUUUGAACAGAAAAGUACAAAUUUUACUUCACUAAGUGUUUAGUUUAUAAAAGAGCACAUUACAGGGUUUCCCCAUGUUUUAACACCCCAGCAUGCUUAUAAACCUUCUUGCCAGCUAUAAUGAAAAAUUGAAUUUCUGUUUCUGUGCGUAUUUUGUGGUAUCUUUGUUUCUCUUUUUUAAAAACAAACAAACCCUUGGCAACCAGUUGUGGCAGCGUGCUUUUUUUCUGGAGUUUUGAGACUGCACUUUGACACUGUUUAAAGUAGUGGCCUACUACGUAACAGCACUUAGUCAGCAUUUCUGCAGUGCAUAACUGUGAGGAACGUAGUACCACAAGUGGCAAUGGACAUUAGGACCUGGAUGUAGUAUUCCUGCUUGCUCCGAGAUUCUCUUUGUCGCCUGCAUACAGGUAGGUAAAAAGCACUAUAAUCUAACUUGGUGACUUUCUGUGUAAAACUGACUGUGGGGUAUUCUGGCAUCACACUUCUGACUGUGGAAUUUCAGUGCAGCACUACUCAUACUCUAUAAUGCUUAGAUUUGAGGCCUAAUUUGCCAUCAGAGUUAGGCAAGCUGUGAUGCUGAGAGGUUUGCCUCAGACCCGUGAUUCCUUUGUGUAUAUUGUUUCCACCGUAAUUGUGUGCCAUUGAUAUUCUCAGACCUCAUUGGGAGGGAAAGGGAUACAACCUUGUAAAUACCUUAACUGCUCAAAGGUCCUGUUCGUUGCUCAUAGGAAACAAUGCUCUUCUAGUGCAUAUUAGAUUAUUGUGACACAAGUCACAUUACACAUCCCUUUUUGACUAGACUGAUAAAUGCAUUGGUAACUUGCUUUGGGUAAGAAAUGGCUGUUGUAUAAAGCUUGAAGUUUGGGGAGUGGUAUUUUGUAACUUUAGUGAUCAGUUACAUAAUGCGUUCGGGUGGUUGUGGGGUGAAUACUGUGGCAUUUUUUCAACUAAGAAUUCCCACUUCUAAUGUUCCAUAUACUUUAUCCAAAAGAUCUAGUACUUUCUACUUCCUUGGCGGGGAAAAUACAUAAUGGGGUCAUAAUACCUAACAUGUAUUGCCCUCUAGGUCUGUUGACUUUGUUGUGGUACCUGUUUUAAUAAUUAUAUCUCUCUUUUAAAAGUAUUUGAUCUGGUUCUUAGCCAACUUACACAAAUUAGCCUUAUUUUACUUAGAGCUGGAGUAUAUAUCUGUUAAACCCAGGUUUUGUAUUUCAAGACAAAAGAACUUGUUCAUGAGUAGGAUUCAGCCGUGAAUUUUUCAAAUAACAAUCUGGUCCUGAACUGGAUAAGGCAGUUCCUGCUAUAUCAGACAUGGCUAAACUCUCCAGGCGUUUUGGACUUCAACUCCCACAAUUCCUAACAGUCGAUACAUUGUUAGGCAUUGUGGGAGUUGAAGUCCAAAACACCUGGAGAGCCAAAGUUUCCCCAUGCUUGUGGUAUAUCAUAGUAGUCCAUAAGUGAAAAGUGUACUUUUGAUAUUUUAGUAUCAAUAGUAUUUGCUUGCAAGAAUAUAGUUCUAUUCAAACAAAGCUGCAGCUCCAAAUCUCUAGUGACAACAAACCCACUGUGAACUGUGAUGAAGCAAAAUUCAAUACCUUUGCUGUGUAAACUAUGGUGUAGUUCUGUGCAAACAUUGUAAAUAAGCCUACUCUAUUUUGACCAAUAUGCCAAAGUAUGAUGUGAUGAUGUGUGGGAUCAGAUCAUGGAGUGCUACACUCUACAUAAUUGGAUUUUAUCAGACUUUUUUCUCACUUAGGACAGAUGAGCUGGACUUAAGUCUGUGGGGCGCACACCUAAAUGCAGUGGCAAACAGGAUUACAGUAGAUAACUUACAAAGCAGCAGCUCUUGGUCUGCUAAACACAUAACUCUGGGCAGGUGGCAUGAAAAAUAACUCUCAAGUGCUUGCAUUGUAUUCCAGUUUUAAGUUUAUUUUUCAUCUGGUCUGAAUUUGUUUUGAUUCUUACAAACGCUGACUUCAGAGUUCAGAAGUGUGGUGCCAGAAUAUAUUAUGCGUACUCUUCUAGGCCCUUGGUGCCAGUGGCUGGUCUUGUCAGGAGAGCUGUCCUUCUGGGGGAGGGAGGGUUUACUCCAAAUGCCUCAGUCAAGCACCUCUUGGAUGCAAUGCCCCACUCCCAUCAUCCCCAGCAGCUCAACAAAGUCUGCAUCCAAAGCCCCGCAUAGAAUUCAUUUAGAGGGCUGACUCUCUGCUAACAAUUUCCACCCGAUUAGGAGGGCCCUGGUGGUUACAUAUGUUUAAACGGAGCCAAACAUGAAGAGAUUGUGCUUUUUUAGGCUGGUUUGGACCAUUGGUUGUUUUCCACCAUCACAAGCUAGAAAGGUUGGAAUCAACAGGUCAGUUGCAGAUCUGUCUUUAUGCCAUUUUGGUGGGUUUAACAAAAUGCUGCAAGGGGUGUGGAGCUGGGAAGGUGGAAGAAAACGGGAAAUUGUUUCACGCUUUGGAUUGUUGCAUUAGCAUGGGCCUGUGAAAGCCCAUGGUAGUGCAUACAAACCUCCCAUCAGACAGACAUGGCAUUGCACACUAGUACAAUUGAAAUGUGGGAAGGGGUGGCUGCAAAUAAAGUUAGUGACGGAAAAAAAAAACCCAAACCAUAAUUUGUGUUACUAUAACUUAAAAUGUGUUCCUUCUGUUUUGGAUAAAAAAAUUAAGCCAAGCUUUGGACUUGAGGAUACUGGCAUAUUGGCUGGCUUGGCAGUGUCUUGACCUUUUUUUUAAAGACCACUCAAGAGUGGGGCUUUCUGAAAAAAAAAAAAGGGAUUGCAGGUUAGAGUGAUAAUGGUAGAAGGGAAGAGAGCUAGUUCUAAGCACAUUCCAAACUGUACUGUGAAGACUCAGAAGGCACUUGGACGAGCCUUUGAUUAAACAUUUUCUGGGGAGGAAGGAUGUACUGCAGCAGAGAGAGGGAACAAAGUAGUUGAACCAAUGCAAUGGCUUCACAUCUGCACACAAGAGGUGACCCACCUCUGGCUGCAAGUAUUCUAAUGCUGAGGUUGGCAGUUGAGGACUAAACUAAGACUAGUUGCAUAUCUUCACUAUCCUGUAGCUCAGUCUUUGGAAUAAAAGCAUUCAUCUUCUGCUUGUGCCCCAUGCUAUUUCCCAAUGACUGUUUUGGCAGAACUUGUAAACUCCCCUCAGUUUACCAAUUCAUGAGUUAACUCUUAUGCUUAAACUUCAAUUUUUGUUUUCAGAAGCUCCUGUAAUCUAUAUCCUCUUACUAACUUCAGCUCUUAUCCUUUAGGUGAAGGUAAUACCAGCUGGAUGAUACCAGAGAGCGGCCACAUGUGAGUCUGGAUGUAGCCUAUAGAUGCCAGCAGAGUAAAACGAUGGAGAGUGGACAGCCCUAUAAAAUAAUUAGGCAAAAGAAGCUGUUCCUGAAUUCAGAAGAGAGAAGUCCCAGGAUUGUUAUAGGAGCCUUUUCACAUUUAAAUAAAUUACGUAAAAACUUGAAAA